AUGAAUACGAAAGAGAUUUAUCGCUUAUCAACAAUUACUGUAUACAUUACAAUUGUUUUCAUACUUGUUCAUUGCACAUCAAGUCAACCAUUAUCGACUAGUUCACAAAAAGAUGAUGAUAUUGUUGAUAAUUCGAUACAGACUGGGCCUUCAUCGGAUGCGGAAUCAAAUGAUCUUGAUAUUAAAAAUGAUGACUCUAUACCUGAACUUUACUUAUUACAUAGCGACUAUAAUCUUAUGAAACAACCGAAAUCUUUAGAGGCAUCUCGUCGAGCAAACUUUUGGAGACGAGCUAAUUUUUGGCGUAAACGUGCUAAUUUUUGGCGAUAA